AGGUGGCUCGGGGCCGGCCCCUCGCGCACGCGCCUUAAGGUGGCGCUGGCGGCCAGGGACCGGGAGCGCCCCCGCCGCCGCCGCCUCGGGGCCUGGGGGGGCCGGGCGCGGGCAGGAGGUGGGAGCGAGGCGGCCGGGCCAUGGGGCCGCGGAGGCAGCAGCCUCAUCUUGGAGGAAUAUAACGUUACCCCCCACUAACUCACUGGAAAUAUUGGUUCAUCUCCACCUCUGCCUGCAGUGCCUAUUCUAUCUCAGUGCAGCCCAGUGGAGGAAGAAGAGCAACAGAUAGAUUACAGAGAGCUUGUUUGUGCCUCAUGGAUGUAAUCGUUUGUCCACGCUAAACAGGAUGGAUGAGAAGGACUGGUACUAAGUUCCAGAUAACAUGGUUCUAGCAGAGUCCAAGUUUCUUCUUUAAAGAGAAGUUCUGGCAUCUCAGAGGCUGAAAACCAAACACUUCAGUAAACAAAAAUGGAAGGAGGCAACAGUCCAAAUCUGCAACUUCAGCAACUCCCACUGGCCACAGCAGCGGUUUCUGUGCAGCCACACACAGACUCCUUUUCUUACAAGGAGAACUUGAUUGGUGCAUUACUAGCUAUUUUUGGGCAUCUUGUUAUCAGUAUUGCACUCAACCUUCAGAAAUACAGCCACAUCCGGCUGGCAGGCUCCAAAGACCCCCGAGCUUACUUCAAAACCAAGACAUGGUGGUGUGGACUGUUUCUGCUGGUGCUGGGAGAGCUGGGAGUGUUUUCCUCUUACGCUUUUGCUCCUCUUUCACUGAUUGUGCCUCUAAGUGCAGUGUCUGUUAUAGCCAGUGCGAUCAUAGGAAUCAUAUUUAUUAAAGAAAAAUGGAAGCCCAAGGAUUUCUUGAGGCGCUAUGUUUUAUCCUUUGUAGGCUGUGGUUUGGCAAUUAUUGGAACUUAUCUACUGAUAACAUUUGGACCUAAUAGUCAUGAGAAGAUGACGGGAGAAAAUAUCACUAGGCAUUUAGUGAGCUGGCCAUUUCUGUUGUAUAUGCUUUUGGAGAUCAUCAUAUUCUGCCUGCUACUGUAUUUUUACAAGGAGAAAAAUGCAAACUACAUUGUAGUUAUUCUCCUGCUUGUGGCUUUGCUGGGUUCCAUGACUGUUGUGACCGUGAAAGCUGUGGCUGGCAUGAUUGUUGUCUCAAUACAAGGAAACCUCCAGCUCGACUACCCAAUAUUUUAUAUUAUGUUGGUGUGCAUGAUUGCUACAGCAGUCUUUCAAGCAACGUUUUUAGCUCAAGCCUCACAGCUGUAUGACUCGUCUCAGAUUGCUAGCAUCGGCUAUAUCCUGUCCACAACAAUAGCUAUCACAGCAGGAGCAACUUUCUACUUGGACUUCACGGGCGAAGAUGUUCUCCAUAUAUGCAUGUUUGCACUUGGGUGCCUCAUAGCAUUUCUAGGUGUCUUCCUGAUCACAAGAAAUAGGAAGAAAUCUGUACCCUUUGAACCUUACAUAUCAAUGGAUGCUAUGCCAGGCAUGCAAAACGUGCAUGAUAAGGGGAUUGCAGUUCAGCCUGACCUCAAAGCUUCCUUUUCCUAUGGUGCCCUAGAGAACAAUGACAACAUGCCGGAAAUUUAUACUCCAGCUACGUUGCCAAUAGUGCAGGAGCAACAUGGUUCCAGAGGAGUUUCUGCUCCACCCUACCGGGUGCUGGAGCACAGCAAAAAGGAGUGAGUGACUGAUCUUCAAGGAACUGAUUUGAAUCAUCAGAAGUAUGACCUUUAUUUAUUUACCUGUUAAAACAUAAGCAAGUGUAAAACCAACCUUGGUAUAGUUUAAAGCUUGUCUCAAACUUAACUUUCAAGGCUGAUUAUUAAAAUAAACAGCUCUCUAUAGUUGUGAAUUUGAAAGUGGUCAUCUUAGCAAGAAGAAAAUCCCAGUUCUCCAUUCAAGGCUGCUAUCUGGGAGUGUGAAAUGCAGAAUGUGGUGUCGUGGCUUUAUGAAACCGAUGGGAUGACAGACGCUGUAGAAAUGCAGAGCUGUGGGAAGAGGAGUGACCGUGCAAUUUUUAGCCCUGCUGGCAGAGAGUUUAUCUCCAAAUAGAAAUUUUCAGGAGUUACUCUCAGUGAGAGGAGGGAAGGAUUUAAUCUCUUCUCCAGAAAACCGUCAGUCUCUCUCUAGAAGUUGUAAAUCCUCAUGUGUCUAACAUAACCACCAAGCUACUACCUUAACAUGGCAAUAAAAUGUAAUCACUUUCAAGCAUGAAUAGUGGAACUUACUCUGUCUUCUUGGGCACUUCUGGUAUAACUGUUCUCUAGCUACCAUUGAACAUAUGCACUGAGCACAUUAAUUAUUUUUAUAGCACCACUGGAUUAUAUGGCAGUUUAGAACAAAGAUUGUUUGCCAGUUUUCUGGUUUCAUAGCAAAAACUUCAAGUUGGAUCAAAUGGUACAGAAGGAACAUUGUGAAGUACAAGAAGGAGGAAAAGAGAAUAGUAACCUGACUAAAGGGUAUAUUUUUGUAGUUCUUGAAGAGGUCCUAAUUCUUUAUUUUUAUUUUCUCUGUGGUUGAGGCAGGAUUUACAAUUUUGUCUAGUGAUCUUAAAUGCUUAAAAGAGGCAACAUUCCUUUGGCAGUGUUAAAAAGCUAAGUUUAAGUGUUGUAGGUUGGGGUGCCCUUUUGUGUCCCUUUUUUUCUAAAAAAUAAGAAAGGUACUGGCCUAAUACUGUGAGUGACCUGGGAGGAAGAAAGAAGCAUACAGAGUCCAGCACUCAGUACUGAAAGAAUAAUGAAGCAUUGUGUACUCACAGUAUUUAUCUUUCCAGCUGCCAAGAGAAGGCUGUAAACUGAUACAAAGGGAGAAUAGACACAAGGGGGGGGAACUUAGAAUCAUAGAAUCGUAUCAAGUGAAGGGGACAAAGUACAUAGGUUUACUGGCAUAUGCAAGUUACUUUGAUGUUUUGAUAUCCUCAUUUCUCUAAGAGCAGUUGUUUUACUUGGAAACAGAAUUUCAAGUCUGCUUGGUGUAUCCUGGACUGUACACAUAUAAGAGCGUCUCCAAAUGACCUUAGAAGGCUUAAUUUGAAAUGAAUAGUGAAUGUGUUUUGUGCAUUUUUAAGUGCUUACUCUGGUUCCAAAGGGCUUGGAAGGAUGUUGGGCUUGCAACAGUGGCUUUCUGCAUUUCUUUUAUUUUAUUUUUUUAAAUUGACUCAUGGCCAGGUUCUGUUCCUACUACCAAAAAUUCCCAAGAGCUCCACUGACUUGUAUAUAGCUAUUCCCAAUUCCUGCUGUUGUAGAUGACAACAGAACUAUUCUUUCGCAUGUUUGCCUUGCCAGCUAUGAAUACCAAUUUAAUUUGGAAAUACUUGAGACUGCUUUGGUGUUCUUGUGCAGCUUAAAACAAACACCACCACCUUCCUCUGCGAAGAGCAGUUGCUUAGUGGCCGUACAUGUGUCUGUAUGUCUGUGAGUUUCCUCACCAGCUUGGUAUAUCUGACAAUUUAAAUCUCAUCAGUGGCAUCACAUACACCACAGCUUACGAAAACUAAAGAAAGAUCAGCUUUUCUUUUGCCCACAAUACUUUGUGUGCUUAAGUAAGAUAACAAUGUUAAUGGGCUAAUAUUACCAGUACAUUAAUCUCGUUGAAGUUGCAGUGACACUGAUUUUCUACCUUUGGCUCUAUAUCCCCAGUAAUCGAUUUUGUGAAUUUACGUGCCGCUUCUGUUCAUUAAUUACAACCAGUAGUACAGCGGAGUCUGGCUGGGCAGGGUACAAGUAUACAGGCUUUCCCUUUCUCUCACCUUUCAGUCAGAGGCUCUGGGUGAGGGGGCAGAACCUUAACUUUUAAACUGCCGUGGUACUUGGUUUCUUUCCUUUCACAGUCUCUGCAGGCAAGAGCCCUGCUACUGCGUUUUACGUAAUCACGUCUCAUUUGUUUGGUUUGUGCGUGUUUCAGUAAUUCUACCUGAAAUUCUACCUGAUAGUGACCGUUACCUUUACAUUCAGCGAGGCUUGCUUUUCGAAGCUUUCUGACAAAAGAUUUCAAAGGAGGUGAAGUUUAUUUGUAGAGCACGUAAAUCAUAAUAUUUCAGAUCAUUCAGCUGUGCCACAUCAGCAGAGCCUGAGGUGUUCCUUGGGCUGUCGGCCUCAGUGGUGCACUGAUGUUGUGAGAGCUGCAUUCUUGCCAGUCUGUUAGCCACUGUAAGCGUGGUGCUAGGACUGCCAGGGCGUACCUCGCCCCUGCUUGCUGCCUAUGUUCAAUACUUGAAUUUUAGAUUUUGUGGGUUUUAUUGUUUAUAUAUUCUCCCUUUCUUGCUCAUUCUCCAAGCUUUCAGAAGAACUUACUUUCUGCUCUCCAGCACAGUUUUACAGCUGCUCUGUUGCUGAGCAGGAAUGAGUAGGAGUUCCUAGGAUGCUAUUUGUACCCUCAGAUCUAUACUUCUAACAGAGUAUUUGUAGGGUUGAGGUGACAAUGGUGCCCAGGAUUGCAGCAAACACAGCUAAACUACAUGUGAAGAUUUAAAGGAGAGGAGCCCAUAUCACAUGCUAAUUAUUCUUGCAGCAUGAAAAGUGAUCAGUUGGUGUAAAGCACACUUGAACAUGUGUAUGUCAAAGCUUCAGUUUAUCAAGAACUGAUCCUGAGAGAGGCAGGGCACUGUAAACAGCGGAGUGUGCUUAGAUUUCCAAAUAUGCAGCAUUUUUUCAAAACUCAAAAGCUGAAAAAGUGAGCACAGAAAUCAGCUGACUGUCCCCUUUACUAAUCUGGGAGAAUAUCUCCUUGCUCGCUCUCCUAGUUUCCUUAUCAAAUGUGAACUGACAUCUAUUGCCUUUACACUGUGUGGCUUUUCAAUGCACCAGAGCACUUACUUUGUUGUCACUGCAUAUCUUGCAUAUAACUUUAUGCUGUGGAUUACAACUCCAAUGUUGGCUGAAUGUACAAAAUGAUCUGCUUAUGAUGUUCUCUUGUUCACAUUAAAAAGUACAUAUAAGUCUUAUGGUCCAACACUGUAAAGCUAGGAUGACUGCUUAAUUUUUCAUAAGCAAUGUUGCAUGUCUAUUUAAUUUUGUCUUUUUGGUGAGAACUUUGGAAAUGGAAAAUUAAUAAAAGAUCUUUAUGAAAUCUAUAG